AUGGGCCAACAUGGACAAAGUUACCCGAGACCUUCCAUCUCUGUGAACACCACUACGAUGGUCCCUCUGGGGGGAAAUGUCACCAUCCAUUGCAGCUGUGGAAUCCCUUCAGAUGUCUCCUGGUAUCUCGCCAAACAUGAGAGUGAAUUUGCUAUUAAUGCACAACUGAAAAAAGAACAGUCCUGUGAGGUGGUAUUUUCCAUGAGCAAUGCUCAGCUUUCAGAUGUGGUGAUGUACUCAUGCAAGUAUUGUGUCUGGAUCUUAUGCUCAGAUUUUAGUAAUAAAGUCUCCAUCAAUAUAACAGAUCCCAGCCUGCCCCAACCCUCUAUCCAGAUGAACCUGAGAGGAAAGAACACUUCAGGUCUGAAUGUCACCAUAACGUGCCAAGGGCCCAAGAAUGGUCUGAUGUUUGCCUUAUAUAAUUCAAGGGAGCAGAUAGCAUUUCAGGCUGCAGAGCCAAAGAAAAACACCGCCGUCUUCUCAGUCUCCCUGGUGAGAUCAGAGGAUGCAAGGAACUACAGGUGCCAAUACCGUCAGAAGGGAGAUGCGUUUGUCUGGUCAGAACCAAGUGACCCUACAGAGCUGGAGUUGGAGGUGGAUGACAGUCUAUCUAUGGAGCCCUACCUCUCUCUUGGAGCAGCUGGUUUAGUCUUGCUUUUCCUGGUGCUGAUUGUGGCUGAAGCCAUUUAUAACUGGAGAUCAGAAAGACCUAAAUAGCCCAGUGGUGCCAGCGAGCCCCAUUCCCACCCCCAAUCACAAGAAUGGCUCUCCGCCUCUCAGAGAAUGCCAACUGGAUUCCUUACCUGCAGCUCACCUGUGGACUGGGGUGCUGGUGAGGGAGAGGUGGACAACGUAGCAUGGUGGCAUGACUGUGGUGGGCUUUUUCCCACAGAAACUGUUUAUUGAUCUCAUUUGGAAAACAUAAAAUUCUUCUUUUGUUUACUGAUGGACACAGAGAUGGCAAAAUGGAUUCCAAACCCAUUUUGAGUUGUAGAGGAUUUUUACUGGUUCCCCUAAAAUCUAGACCCACAGAUAAAUAGUAUGUUCAAGGUGAUGCAAAAUCUAGGGGAAAUGAUAACCUUCUAAUAAUGGGAUGGACUAUGGACAAAAAUUAUAAAAUUUACUGCAAGUCAAACCUUAAGAGAAAACUGAUACAAAAUGUAUUAUUGAAAAAAUAUAUAGAACUCCCAAAGACAUUAAAAAAACAGGCAAACGCCAUUUGGAUCUCUGUUGGAAGCGCCAUGAAGCUGAAGGCUCACACUACCACAUGUGUUGUGUUUGCAAUAUAUGUAAAUUAAUAGAUGGAUUAUGCAGAUUGGUGCAUUUUUCCCCCUACAUGAUACAAAUUAAAUAAAUUAUUUGUUGCA